GUAGAUGUAUCUUUGGUGUUGUCCAAUGUAUUGACGCUUGCGGUUGCACUAGCAAAAGGUAGGGGUCUGAACUUUAUGUCCACCGGCGCCGCAUCGAGGUUCCAUUCUUACCUCAACCCAGCCCCGGUUCUUCCACCUCGCGAGUCUCAAGUUUCCACGGCAGCGAUCCUACCGUCUCUGGCGUACUGGCGAGACUGUGUACUGGCGUACCUCUACCAAGCGAACAAGGUUUGCUAG